AUGGUGUCUGUUGGGGGGAUAUUGGGGACGGCCCUGAAGGAGGCGACAGACAGCGCCCGGAUGGACUUCCAGCGAGAAGCAGAGUUACUGACUGUCCUCCAACACCAAAACAUCGUCACUUUCUAUGGAGUGUGUACCCAGGGCCAGCCCCUGCUCAUGGUCUUCGAGUACAUGAAGCGCGGUGACCUGAACCGCUUCCUACGGUUAGGCGCAGGCCCCGAUGCCCCGAUGUUGACCGAUGGCCGUGAGCAGCGUGAGGCACCGAUGGGUUUGGGGCAUUUGCUGUGGGUGGCCCAGCAGAUAGUCUCGGGGAUGGUCUACCUGGCAUCGCUACAUUUCGUUCACCGGGACCUGGCCACCAGGAACUGCCUGGUCGGGGACCAGCUUCUGGUGAAGAUCGGGGACUUCGGCAUGUCUCGGGAUAUCUACAGCACCGACUACUACAGGGUAGGAGGCAGGACCAUGCUUCCAAUUCGCUGGAUGCCCCCCGAGAGCAUCAUGUACCGACGGUUCACCACCGAGAGUGAUAUCUGGAGUUUCGGGGUGGUCCUCUGGGAGAUUUUCACCUUCGGCAAACAGCCCUGGUACCUGCUCUCCAACAACGAGGUGAUCGAGUGCAUCACGCAGGGCAGGAUCCUGGUGCCCCACAACUGCCCCCAGGAGGUGUACCACAUUAUGAGGGGCUGUUGGAACCGGGACCCACAGAACCGUCUCAGCAUCAAGGAGAUCCACGCGAGGCUGGAGAAGCUGGUCACCUCACCCCCCCCACCUUACCUGGACGUGCUGCAGUGACCCCAAACACCAAACCGCCUGGUU